AUGGCACAAGGCAACUCUGAAGAUGGACCCUCGCGUCCGAUGCGGCGACUGGUGAUCUGCUGCGACGGCUCCUGGCAGACCUCGAGCCAUGGCCUCCGGAACGUGGCCUCCAACGUGGCCAAGCUGUCGCGAUCAAUCGCCGGCUGGACCGAUGAAGAUGGGGAGUGCAUCCAGCAGCUAAUCUACUACGACGCAGGAGUUGGCACGGCCAACAGCGCCUCCGUGGAGAGUGAGAGCUUCCCAACCCGGUUCGUGGCGAAGGUUCAGAAGUGCUGGGAGGGUGGCCUGGGACGCGGUCUGGAGGAGAAUGUGUGCGAGGCUUAUAACUUUCUGGUCAACAACUACGCCCCCGGCGAUCAGAUCUACAUCUUCGGCUUCUCCCGCGGUGCGUACACGGCGCGCGCGCUGGCCGGCCUCAUCUGCAACAUGGGCAUCUGCCUGCCGGACAUGAUGGAUGAUUGGUGGUCGAUGUACGCGGACUACAAACUCAACUUCAAGCGGCAGGCGGCCGAGAAGAAGGCGAAGGAAGAGGGUUCGGGAAUGCACCACAUGAAGUCCUGGGGGAAGACGAAGCCCUAUACGGACUGGAAGGAGCGGUUCCACAAGGCGGUUGAGAUUGAGGUCGUCGGGGUGUUCGACACGGUGGGGGCGCUGGGCAUCCCGGCGAACGUGUGGUGGGACUUCAGCGAGCGCAACGAGGCCAACUACGGGUUCCACGACACCAAGCUGCACAACCAGAUCAAGCACGCCUUCCACGCGUUGGCGCUGGACGAGGACCGCGCCCCUUUCACCCCGACGCUGUGGAGCCGCCCGUCCGGGGUGACGACCAAGUUGGUGCAGUGCUGGUUCCCGGGCUACCACAUCAACGUCGGCGGCGGCAGCGACAACACCGUCAAGAGCUACGGCGACCUCGAGGCCAUGGCCAACCUCGCCCUCGUCUGGAUGAUCGACCAGGUCCGCCACCGCACCAGCCUGGCCUUCGAGGACCACGCCCUCGCCCGCUUCUACCACCACUACAACUGCACCAUCGUCGACCUCUCGCGCCGCGGCUUCCAGCAGGGCAGCAAACACCACUACACGCACGCCGAGACCGCGCACUGGUACUCCUGGGAUAACCCGCACGCCACGCACAUCACCGGAUACGGUGGCUGGGGCCUGGGGUAUCGUCCCGACAGCUGGGGGCGGGAGACGGCGCUGGCGGGCGAUAUCCCCCGCACCCCGGGCCAAUACGCCAAGGCCAACGCCGAAGGAGCUACGGAUGAGUUCAUCCAUCCCAUCGUGCGCUACGCGACGAGCGAAGCCCAUCGCCAGGUCCACCCACGUGGCUCCCCGCUGUACUACGAACCGCAGGCGCUGAAGGACUUUGUCCCCGUGAAGAACCCCCCUCCGCCGGCGGACAACCCCUGGCUCAAAUACGAAGGAUGGUACUGGAAGAAAAUCACGCUGAUCCCGGAGAUGGCCCUGUGGGAGGACGUCGACCGCGAGGACAUGUUGUUCAACGAAAGGGACUACAUGCGCGCCGACUGGCUGGCGACCUCGGCUCCGCUCAAGGGCUUCGAGGAGUCGUUCAUCAAGGAGUAUCUCGCCUUGGGCAAGCCGACGACGGCAGACCCGCUGACUCCCCGGGAGCAGAAGCUUAUGGCGGAGCUGGAGGAGGUGGCGGCCCGAGAGCAUGCCAGCACGAUGAAAAACGGAUCGCUGGUCUACGAGCUGCGCAAAUGCGCUUUCCCGGGCGAUGCGGCGAAGCGUAUGCAGCUGCUCCAGGCGGCUGGGGACCGGACCAAGUCCUUCCUUACAGAUGUGGAAUCUCAGCCCUACCGGCCACCCUGGAAGCCCGCGAGGUUGAGGAAGAUGGAGGUUGUGGAGCUUGUCAGUGAUGACAUUGAGUAG